AUGACAAGGUGGUGGCUGAGCCGAGCCGUGCAAUCACGGCUACUGCUGCUACGGAGGUUACCGGCUCCGGAGGUGCCGGCUGACGUGCCGGUGGGUUACGUGGCGGUGCAAGUGCAGGGAAAUGGGCCGAGGAGGAGGUUCGUGGUCAGAGCAGCUCAGCUUAACCACCCGGCUUUUAGAGAGCUGUUACUCUUAGCCGAAGAGGAGUAUGGCUUCGCUCAUGCCGGCCCGCUUACUCUCCCUUGUGACCAUUCCGUCCUCGAGAACGCCAUCCGCCGUAUAUCCUCGUCGGAAACACCGGAUCCUGAGGAUCCACCUCUGCCGAUUGGCUAG